AUGGCCAGCCCCGCCCCUCCGUCCUCGCCGGGCGUGAACGGCGUGGUCACUGCCGACGACCGCAACGAUACCGUCCUCUUCACUGACCUCUCCGUCGAAGAACGCCUAUCCCGUCUUGAGGCUCUCUCCGCUGAGCACGCCGCCACCCUCCGGGGCCUGUUCCACGCCCUUGAUACGGUAGACCGCCGUUCCCUCCGCCAAGUCACCGAGUUUCGUACAUCCUUCGCCGAAUUCCGUCGCCUCGCCGACGAGGCCAGCACACUUGAUGCUUUAUCCGUGGUCGUCCGCGAGCUCGACGACUUCCAGGUCGAUGCCUACGCCCGCCUGACUUCCCCGGAACGUGGCCCCGACGAUCCCUCCUUCGACUCCCUUGACGCUCUCCUCAACGGUCUUGUCGACCACCUUCGAUCCUCCUCCCCACUCCCCUCCGGGAUACUCACUCCCCUCCGUGCGCCUCGUCAAUUCUGA